GGUACGUGCGAGUGUGCAAAGUUUUGGGCCCAUGGAGGAGAACAUGGGUGUAUGACAAGGAAUCCCCCUCCUGCUACUCUCAGAGUUCCUAGCCCCUCUCCUGGACCCCCCCAGGCCCAUCCCAGGCCAAGGGCGAAUUACUUGAGUCCUUUACCCUAGCGGUCCCCAGAGACCCCUACCUUCCCCAACAUUCCCAGGAACCUGAGCCUAAAUGCUGUCAUUCAUUCUCAGGUGACCCUGUGAGAUCCCAGCUUCUUCUAGACCCAGACCCUGAAACUAUCCUGAGGCCCAUGGUGGGGGGUGGGGUGGUAGGCUCUGGGGAGUGGUCCUGAGGCCUGACUCCCCUCUCUGUUCCCAUCUACAGCCCUGCAUCCUCAUGAACAACACUCAGCAGCUACGAGUUCAGCUAGAGAAGAUGUUUGAAGCCAUGGGAGGAAAGGAGCUGGAUGCCGAGGCCAGUGACAUCUUGAAGGAGCUGCAGGUGAAACUCAACAAUGUCUUAGAUGAGCUCAGCCGGGUGUUUGCUACCAGCUUCCAGCCGCACAUCGAGGAGUGUGUCAAACAGAUGGGUGACAUCCUUAGCCAGGUUAAGGGCACAGGCAAUGUGCCAGCCAGUGCCUGCAGCAGCGUGGCCCAGGAUGCUGACAACGUGCUGCAGCCCAUCAUGGACCUGCUGGACAGCAACCUGACUCUCUUUGCCAAAAUCUGCGAGAAGACGGUGCUGAAGCGGGUGCUGAAGGAGUUGUGGAAGCUGGUUAUGAACACCAUGGAGAAGACCAUCGUUCUGCCACCUCUCACUGACCAGACGGUGAGGCCCGCAGGGGGCCAGAGGGGGACACCUGGGCCACUUCCUCUGUAAGAGCUCAGAGAGCAUGGUGCUCAAGGCUGGGGAGAUGAGAACGAAGGCACUGGGGCUCAGAGAGGUUAUCCAGGUGCAAGGGCCACUGCAUCAUAG